ACACACUUGUAUUUCUGGAGCAGAAAAGUGGACUCAGACCACGACUCUCCACCUUAUCCAAGCAGUCAGCGUUGUUCCGUCACCAGACCUCCUCCCUCAUGCAGUCCGUCCUCUGCACGCAACAGAAGAAGGUUGGAGAGGAAAGCGUCUCCCAGCAGCAGCAUGAGCAGCCUAACGGAUGCCGGAUCGGCAUGGAGGAACUCCGAAGUUCAAACAGGAGGCAGGAAAGCGCCGCCUCAGGAUCGGAUCAUCUCUCCAGAAACAGACAGUGGGUUUGUUGGUUCAGAAAGCAGCCGUCUGCCUCCUGCAGCAGUUCCCCUUCUUUCCCACCAGAGGGCAACAGAGAGUGUUUCUGCACCUCAGGACGGAAGCUCUAAGAGACAGCAGCCAGCAUCUCUGUCCCCAAGUCACUGGGAUCAGGAGCCCAUAGAUGACCCCACACUCGACUUCAAUCAGAGGAGGAGAAGCAGGCAGAGGAGGCGUAACCUCUCCUACUCUCCUAAAGGCUUCAUCAGUCAGAAAAAACAGGACAGAACGGAUGAUAGAUCCAGUGAUCUUGCGAUAAGUGACUCAAGUACAACUAGAAGCAACGCCGCCUCGGCCUCUGAGGAGCAGCAGAGCGACCCCUUCACUGGAACUAUAGCCUCCCCACUCAGCUCCCACUCCACCUCCAGACCAGUUGCCAGCCGUCGCCACGGUGACCCUCUCAGAGCACCAAACUCCAGCCAGGCAGGGAAUCACAAGGAUGUAUUAAAGACACUUCAGCAUGAAGUAGAUAGACUCAAGGAGAAACUGGAUAGCUCUCUGAGAAAAAAGGAGCCUCUCAGCGCUGUGACAGCAGCUCCUUCAGCUCAGAAGAGCUGCUCUCAUCGCGACACCUCUUCACCCCUAAUCAGGGAAUGUUGGAGUGAUGUCAGUCUGGCGAGGAGAUCGACUCGAUCUAUCGACUCACUCGACCAGGAAUCUGUUUCCUGUAAACCAUCGAGAGCGACUACAUAUGCUUCCCCAAAACAGCAGCAACAAAGCCAUGUCUUAAGGAGAUCAGAUGUGGAGCAGCAGGUGUCCAGAUGUACCCAAACAUCUGUACCAGCUCACAGCCUCCCUACGGUCAAUGUGCGCAGCAGGAACACACAGACAUGGAUGUCUCCGGCUCCUAGUUCUUCUGAUGAACCUGACGUCAGAGAUCAGAGUCUUCACUGUCUUCAGUGUUCGUCUGUCCUCAGAGGACCUGCUGAACAUUGUUACAGAAACCAUCCCUCCACUGACUUAAACCGCCAGCCAACCGAAUCCUCUGACAGAGCCUCCAGUAGGAGAUACACUGCAGCUUCAGUUCCACCCCCAGCCCUGCAGUAUGUGCCUUGUUACCCACCCCAACUUUUAUUGUGCCCCACUCCUGUGUAUACGUCUGACAUCAUAGAGUCAGGACUGAUGAGACGCUCCAAAGAGAAGACUGGGCCGAGAAGACGCUCCCGCUCUGACGGUCACCGUUCAGUGGAUGGCUCUCUGGACAGAGCCAUCAGAGCAGCUCAGAACAUGAAACAGACAUCCAGACACAUGGCUUUCUCUCUGGCUUCAGGUCUGCAGUACCAUAAGCUGCUCACUCAGUCCUGCAGCCACUAGACUCCAGACACCAGAGAAGAGUAAACCCAGUAGUUCAGGUUAGUUCUGGGUGAGGCAGGACAGCAACUCGACCGCAGUGAAAAUAAAUCUUUCAGUUUAUAAUGUUACACUGAUUCAUACUCAGGAAAAACGUUUCUGUUGAUGUUUUGAAGUUGAUUUUUCUGCUCCUGAAAGGGAAUUUAUUUCAUGUUUACAUUAGACGAUUUGCUGCCAUACACUAAAAUGACUUGUUUUCCAAUAAUGAAGUAAUGUAGAUACUAUUUUAAUUUAUUUAUAGAAUAUAAAGAAAAAAAUCAGUUUUUAUAAAUCCUGUUUGUGCUUUUAUAUAUUUAUUAGCUCUUUCUUGUAGAAAUCUGAAACUAACUUCACACAUGUAUAAAAAAUGUUUUUAACACAGUCUGAUUCUGUAUCUUAUUUACACACUGCCUGCAGAGAUCCAUCUUAUUAUAGAAUACCAGAGCAACAUUAAUUCAUGUUAUCAAGGUUAUGUGACCAUUGUUUCUUGGACAUAUUGACUGACGACUUGUCCACAUCUACACCGACCAGCAGAUGAUGACGCUGGCUGAGCCAGUUUAAAUGGUUCUUUGAGUUAAAUCAAAACAAAAAGCUAAACUAGACAAACUGUACUAACUCAACUUUCUGUGUAUAUAAUGGGGCAUUUCAGUAGUUUUCAUUUUUGUCUAGAACAGUUUUUUUUUUUUUUUUUUGUGGGUGUGUGUUAAGAGUUUAAAGUGAAAAAGGAUUAUUCUGUUUUGGGAAAAAGUGUCAGGCUCAGUAAAUUAGAUGAAGAUGAUUUAAUCAUCAAUUCAAUUCUUCUAACAGAUUCUUUUUUGGAUUUAGGUUUAGACUGAUGAUGCCUUUUUUUUUUUUUUAACCUAAACCAUCUUGUAGCUUAGGUCAUAUGUUUAGGGAAACCGUCCUGCUAGAAGCUGAACCGACACCCUUACCCUCAAGUCUUUUGCCUUAAACAGGUUUUCUUCUAACAUUGGUGAAUAUUUAUCUCCUCCGAUCUACAUCUUUUUAUUACUGUAGCUUGCUUGGCCCUGCAGAAAAAAGCCCACCCUGGAUUUAUGCUGCCACCAUGUUUCAGCAUGAAGACGAUGAAGAUAAGGAGUUUUGUGUUUUGCAUGUACCCCAAAAAGUUACAUUUUUAGUUUCAUCUGUGACUAAAAACAUGGUUUUUGAUCAAUCUAAAGCAGGAUUUCUUCUGGCAAUCACCGUCCAUCUUCAGGCGAAUCCUAAAUGUCGGAUU